AUGUCUCGGCUCAAUUACAACAAGUGGGACAACCUGCAGCUCUCGGACGACUCUGACAUCGAGGUGCACCCAAAUGUCGACAAGCGCUCGAUGAUUCGUUGGAAGCAGCGCGACAUCCACGAGAAGCGCGAGCAGCGCAAGCUCAAGCUCAAGCAGUUCGAGACCGAAGUGCCGAUGAACGACUCGCUCAUCAAGCGUAUCGACGACCUUAUCUCGUCGACCAAGGCGGAGGGCGCCGCCUUCGUUGCCAAGGAGGUCCUUCGUCUCAAGGCGGCGCUGCCGUACAAGUACGAGGAGAAGAAGUUCGCGAACAACGAGCAGCCAAGCGAGGAUCAUAUGAUCGUCUCGCUGCUGAGCCAGGUUAUCACGGCGGUGCAGAAGAAGGAGCAGGAGAGCGGAGGAACGAAUGUCGAGGCGGAGCGGGCGGACAGGCUCGUCAAGGAGCUCGAAUGGCACAAGCAGCGGAUGGUGGACAGGCAGAAGGAAAUCGAGCAGGAGAAGGAGGAGAUCGACCGCGAGCAGAAGAAGUGGAUCACGAGCGAGGACAUCCGGACGGGCUGGGACAGCAAGACGAUCGUCUCGACGACGCCGUCAGCGCAGCCCAAACCUGCGCCGCCUGCCGCCUCCUCAAGCAAGGGGAAGCAGACCGAGACCGUUAUCGAGACUCUCAACUCCCCUGGUGUUACGGCAGCUGCAGCUGCCGAGGCUUCCGGCGACUCUUCCGAUGAAGCCGACGUUCCUCCUCUUACACCCUCCGCCCUCGCCUUCUCUCGCAUCGCACCUCUCGAUUGGGACGCAACCCGACAAGCCGUCGCCGCCGACCCUUCGCUCUUGACGGAGGAGACGGGAGAUGCGCUCAUGGUCGAAGCGUUCAGUCAGGCGAUGAAGGGAACGAAGGCGGGCGAGAAGAGGGCAACGGAGUGUAUCGAGAAGGCGUUGGUUGGACAGUACUGCAGGAGCCUCGGCCGGGAUGGCGUUGCGCUCUUCUUCCAGCGGAUGACUAACUCCAACCACGCCGCUCUCCGCAUCUUCCUCGACGACGUCGCAAAGACAUCCGACCGCAUCAUCUCACGCGCCAAAGUCGUUGCCGCCGAGCGUGCCGAAAAGGCCGCUGCCGGCUCGGAAGGCGUCGAGCAGAUCCAGCUCGUCCCCGCUUCUCCCGACCAAACCAUCACCUUCGAGAUCCCCGACGGCCCGCCCCCCGAAAACCUCGAGAUCACGGGCGAAGGAUCCGAGGAACUCGACCCGCAACUCGUCCGCGACUUCUUGCAGAAGCGGUGGGACAUUUUCCAGGCUUUCCCGAAGAAUUUCAAGGCUGCGCUGUCGGAGAAGAGCCUCGACAAGGUCAACAAGGUCCUCGGGAGGAUGAGCGUUGAGGAGGCGGAGAUCGUUGUGGAGCAGCUGCAGGAGGCCGGCAUUCUCUCGUUCGAGACGCCCGGCAUUGUCGACCAGACGGGAAAAUCCAGCGAGAACCCGACCGUCACGGUUCCCGUCCAGCCAAAGGACGACGCGUCCGGCUCUGUUCCGGUCCAGCAGACGGAGGUGCUCAACCUGGAGGAUUCGCUUGACUGA